AUGCCCAACCCGCCGGCCGACUCUAUGCCCGACCCCUCAGAGGACUCCAUGCCCGACCCCUCAGAGGACUCCAUGCCCGACCCCUCAGAGGACUCCAUGCCCGACCCCUCAGAGGACUCCAUGCCUGACCCGCCGGCCACCUCUAUGCCCGACCCCUCAGAGGACUCCAUGCCCGACCCCUCAGAGGACUCCAUGCCCGACCCCUCAGAGGACUCCAUGCCUGACCCCUCAGAGGACUCCAUGCCUGACCCGCCGGCCACCUCUAUGCCCGACCCCUCAGAGGACUCCAUGCCCGACCCCUCAGAGGACUCCAUGCCUGACCCGCCGAGGAACAACUUCCGCUUUGGAGAAGACCAACUUCUGCCUCUGGCAUGA